UUUAGAUUCUUCCCAUGCGUUAAAUUUGCAAAUAUGAUAAAAAUUCUCCUUGGUUUACAAAAUCUUUAAAAAUGGAAUUAAUUAAUUUAAUAAUGCUCGCUAUUGUAGCAAUUUGUGGAGUAAGUCUUAAGUAUGGUUUUGCACGAUUCCUAAUCGUGUUGUAAGUUGUAUAACUUCCAAAAAAAAAAUCAAAUGCAAUUUUUAUUAUUAAUUUAAUCAAAUCCUAUUAACCUCUUAAUUAUCUUUUAUAGUUGAUAAUAUGUAUAAUAUGUUUAAUCGUAUCAUCACCGCGACCACGAUCACGAACUGAAAGUGAGAAAUAUUACAAAAGUUCUAAUACAGAUAAAGCACAAUUGUUGCCUAGUAUACAUGAUGAACCACCUAAAUAUACUUAUUCAAUUAUUGUACCAGCAUAUAAUGAAAUAAAGAGAAUCCCAAAUAUGUUAGAAGAAACAGUAGAACAUUUAGAAAAUCGUAAAAAUUCGGAUAAAAAUUUUUCAUACGAAAUUAUUAUAGUUGAUGAUGCCAGUAAUGAUGGUACUAGUAAUUAUGCUUUGGAUUUUUCUAAAUCUAAUAAAAAUGUUGAAUUAAAAGUAUUAACUUUGGAAAAAAAUAGAAAAAAAGGAGGAGCUGUUACUCAGGGGAUAUUAUGUGCCAGUGGAAAGUACAUUUUAUUUGUUGAUGCAGAUGGAGCAACAAAAUUUUCCGAUUUAGAUUGUUUAGAAAGGGAAUUAAAUAAAAUUAUAUCAAAAGAAGGAUAUGGGGUAGCUGUUGGUUCUAGGGCACAUUUAGUAAAAACUGAAGCCGUAGUUAAGAGAUCAUUUAUUAGAAAUUUUUUAAUGCAUUCAUUCCAUAAAGUAUUAUAUAUAUUAGGAAUAAGAACAAUAAAAGAUACACAAUGUGGGUUUAAAUUAUUUACAAGAAAGGCUGCAUUAAAUAUUUUUAAUAAUAUGCAUGUAGAAGGAUGGAUAUUUGAUAUUGAAGUAUUAUUAUUAGCAAAAUAUUUUAAUAUGCCUAUUGUAGAAGUAUCUGUUACUUGGCAUGAAGUUGAUGGUUCUAAAGUUUCACUUAUAAAAGAUUCUAUAAAAAUGGCUAUCGACUUAUCAAUUAUUAGGUUAAACUAUUUUUUAGGAAUUUGGAAAAUUAAAGAUUAUAAUUCUUUGGGUAAAAUUAAAAAUGAGUAAAUGUGAAAGAACUUUUAUGUUU